AUGUCACCCCUUCGCAGCCGUCUUCCAUCCAUUCGCCCAUCUCUUGCCCGCCCUUCUCUCCGUCCCCUCCACAAUCUAUCAUCAUCAACCUCAACCCCAAAACCAACAACCGGCUUCGUAACCCUCGAGAAAAUCGAAGAAGAAAAAUCCCCCAACUACCAUCCCGCCAACUUCUACCCCGUCCACAUCGGUGAGAUCCUAGCAUCCAAAUACCAGGUCGCAUCCAAACUCGCCUACGACGCAUCAUCCACGACCUGGCUAUGCCGUCAUCUCCAGGAAAAAGCCUUCUUCACCAUCAAAAUAUGCAAGGCAGGCCCACUCCCCCAAAACGAACUAGCCAUCUCAAACCUUCUAUCCAACGCAGACACCAGCUACGAGGCCAGAAAAUACGCUCGUUAUAUUAUUCAAUCCUUCGAAAUUAUCGCACCCGAUGGCACGCCCUUCUGCUGCUUGGUCUAUCCUCCCUAUGGAAUGAGCUAUUCCGAAUUCCAACGUAAACUACCCGGCGCGCAAAUCGACAAGGAAGUUGCUCAGAGAGUCAUCCAGUUUGUGCUAUUCUCGUUGGAUUUCAUGCACUAUCAUGGUGUUGUUCAUACCAACGUCACCUUAAAUGCCAUCCGUCAAGGAAUCGUGGAUUACAAAUCCCUAGCUCACAUCGUAUACAACCAAUCCAAGCAUCCAUCCGCGAGGAAGGUUUCCGAUGACCGCAACAUAUACUUCUCGCAGCCGAUUCCCUUCUGUGAUGGAAUGCCGGUGCUUUCUGGCCUUGGUGGAGCGAGAUUGGGACGUGCGGCGGGGAAGCAUAGCGGCAGGACUAUUGCCCUGGGGGUUCAUAGUGCCCCGGAAGUUAUUCUCGAUAUGGAGUGGGAUUGUAAAGUUGAUAUUUGGGCUGUUGGGACUACGAUCUGGACCCUGAUCAACGACGAUGACUUAUUCCCCGCCCCCAAAGACGGAAUUUACAACGAGGAACAACAUCUUGCGGAAUUAGUGGUGAUUAUGGGUCCCCCUCCCGUGGAGUUUCUGAAACGGAGUAGUAGUACUAAGUGCGAGAGGUAUUGGGAUGAGCAGGGUAACUGGAAAGGCUCGAUCCCUAUAUGGGACCAGCCAUUAGAAACGAGAGUGAAGCGAUUCAAAGGCCAAGAUAAAGAGCUGCUUUUGAAUCUUCUCCGGAAGAUCUUUCGUUGGGUGCCGGAGGAGCGACCAACCGCGGAGGAAUUGGUCUUUGAUGAGUUUUUGAUGCAGAGUGUGGAUAUGGAGGGUUUGAAGUAG